AUGAACGUCGAAAUUGAGUUAAUAAAGUACGGCUUUGCAGGAGAGGAAACGAACGGCUACGUCUAUAUGACAGUCAAGAAGCCGACAAUCCUCAACAUGGGAUUUGUUUCACUCAGCCAAAUUGACGUGCUGGGGUAUGGCAACAAUUCUGCAUGCACUCGGUCAUCAAGCCACACGUUCUCCAAUACGAUAUCGAACUACCCACAGAAGAUACAAAGCCAAAUCAACAUGUUUCCAAUUAACAUAAGCUCUGUCGGGAAAGAGUUUCCGCCAGGCAAGCACCGCCUUGAUUUCUCAUUUUAUUUGCCACAAAACUUCCCGACGUCGUACGUAACACAGUGCCAGAGUUUGUCUUAUUCUUUACAAGCACAAAUGUUCACCAGUGACGGAAAAAACUUUUCGUCAGAGGAAGUCGAAUUUCCCGUGUUGUACAAUCACGCACUAAUAAGUUCAUUACCACUGACCGUGUCGGGUAUUAUUAAUAACCUUUUUGUUACAAUCCACGCAACACAAACAACGCUGAGCCGAGGAGAGAAUGCGGUGGUGUACUUGAGCGUGUCUAACUUAUCGAGUGACAUCAACCGGACACUGAGAAUUUUGUUGAUUUCGGAAUGUAACGAUGGAAGUGAUGUGACCAUUGAAACGCUGAACGAAGUAUCAUUUGAACUUACCCAAAGCGAGUUGGUCAAUCAACAAGUCGUGUUUCCGAUCGACCAAAAAACAUGCCCAUCAACUGUCACCCCAACUAACUCAUUGAGACAUUACAUCGUGGUGAAAAUGGACAACUUGAAGUUCACCGAGAAAAAUGAACUCCUGGCGUUGCCAUUGUCAAUUUCAGCAGAUGCACAGAACGUCGUCGUCGAGGAAAACAAAGGGAAAUCCGUGGAGAUAAAACCAACAUACACAAUGUUCCCAAAUGUUGAUUCUGUUAUGGUCAGUCCCGGAAUUGAACAUUUGAAAACGACAAACAACUCAGAUAUGUUUGUUGAUCACAUGCGUCGUUUGGUCUGUGAUGCAAACGGAAAAGCAAUUGACGGAAUUUACCCAUUUUACGAGUCAACAACAUUAAAACCCGGGUGCACGUUUGGUAUUUUACACAAUAGGGAUUGUGUUAUAAACCACACGACAAAGGAAGUCAUGUGGUUCAAGGACGAUUUGUUGCCACAGGCUCUUCUCCAACAAUGUGAAAAUGCAGUUGUGACAAUUCAAGUUUUGGAAGCCGAAGGGCUCAACGUGCGGUCUGCAAAAAAUGUUCCAAAGGUAUAUUGCUGCGUCACAACAACUCCUUGGAAAAAAUCAAAAGAAGUGCAGGGAAUUUGCCCUGCAUUUGACGAUACGAUGUUCUUUAUCGACGUUGGGAACAAUAGAAAGAACGUUAUCUUGUAUCUCUACGACAACUCAAGCAUAUUGGGUGAUGACUUACUUGGCUUUGUGAAUAUAGAUUUGACAAAAAUGCCAUUUCCAUGUGCGAUUGAAGGCUGGUUUGAGUUCAGAAAUUCUCCUUUGGGAGAAGAAACAUACACAGGAAGAGUGAAGUUGAGGAUUGCAUACGAUAAAGUGAGACACAGCGCAGGUGAUGUUUAUGUCCAUAUCCCUGACGUGAUUUCAUGCUUUACUAAACCCAUUUACUCAAAUUCAACAAAAAUGCAGAAACAAGUCAAAAAUGCAUCCGCUUUGUGCUCCCAAGCCGGAGCAACACCUUACUGUUCGAUUACUUCAAAUGGGAGUGUUGUUAAUAAGUUUGAACAGCUUUACCAGAGUCUUUAA